AUGGAAAAGUACACCAAUUGGAGAGAUAAUGGUACAGGAAUAGCUCCGUUUUUACCAAACACAAUCAGGAAACCAAAUUCGGCGAUGGCAGCGUGCUCUAUGGUUCUCAUGGUCAUAAAGAUCAUUAUCAUGCUACCACUGAUUAUCUUGUACAGCUUAACCAAUCAGAACGGUUUACUGGCUUUAAUAUUGAAAUUUGUAUUCAGUUGGAAGGAAGAAGUUACUGUACAGGGAAUUAAGAAACGCGAUGUGGAGAAAUCCAAGCAUUACCCACAGAAGGGCAAGCUUUAUAUUUGCAAUUGUACCUCACCCUUAGAUGCCUUAUCAGUUUUAUUAUUAGCACAGGGCCCGGUUUCGUUGCUGGUGCCAUCCAAUGACGUCGUAUACAAAGUUUCUGUUAAAAAUUUCAUUGACUUUGUCCUCGCCGGUGGGUUGGAUAUCAAGGUAUAUGGCCACGAGAUAGCCGAGCUAUCACAAUUGGGCGACACUGUGAAUUUUAUGUUUGCCGAGGGAACCUCGUGUAAUGGUAAAACCGUUUUACCCUUCGGUAUAAGCGGAAAAAAAUUGAAACAAUUCGUCGAUCCCUCCAUGGCCACAAUGAGUCCUGCAAUGGCCAAAAGUAUAAAAUUCGAGCUGCAAACCAUCCAGGUUAGAACCAACAAAACCGCCAUAACCACGCUGCCCAUCUCCAACAUGGAAUAUUUAUCGAGACUGUUGAACAAGGGAGUCCAUGUGAAGUGCAAAAUCAACGAGCCCCAAGUAAUCUCUGAUGAUCUAGAGGAAUUGCGUAUUACUUUAAAUGGCGGCGAUAAAUAUAAACUAGUAUCACGCAAGCUAGACGUAGAAUCGAAGAGGAAAUUUGUGAAGGAAUUCACCACUGACCAGCGUAAGAAGAAAAACUAA